UCCAAUCCCACCCAAAAGCGGGGUCCGCAUUCCCGGCUUCAGCCAAACCCCAAGCCCCGCCCCGACCUGAAGGCACGCCCCCUGCACCUGACCACCUCAGGCCCUGCCUCCAGCCCAGGUUCCCAUCUGUCCCCCCCUCCUCUCCCUCCUGCGCUCCACCCGACCCCAGCGUGCCCACCAAGACCCCUACGCUGGAACCCAGCCUGGAUCACCGCCCCCGCCCCAGCUAGCUCCUUCCCUGAGUUCCGCCGCGGAGAUGCCCCGGGCACCGCCUCCCCGUCACGCUCCUCCCCUGCAACAGGCCCAGUCCCCGCCCCGGACGCCCCGCCCAUGUCACAGUCCUGGCCGAUCUUUCUCAUCAGGCCUGUGCCUCGUGGGGUCCGCCUCGUCCGGGAAGCUUUCCUCCCGGCACAGCCCUCCCUGUCUCACCAAGGCCCUCGCCCGCUGGUCCGCCAGGCCCCGCCUUUUUUGCGGCCCCCAUUGUGCUGCUGGACCCGACGAGCAGGGUUGACAGUGAACCCCACGUAGACGCGGCCCCGGUACCGGGGGUUCAGGCAGUAGAGCAGGUAGACGCCGAAGAAGCGCCCUGGCCUCGCCGUGACCCCCGCGGGACCCAUCGGGCCUUGUGGUUCGGGAACCGCAGCAGGGGGUUGAUUGCCGUGACCUAGGGUCCAGGGGAGGGGUGGAUCGCUAGGGUUGCAGGGUGCUUGCUUCGGAACAAGCUCUCGGGGACUAUCCGGAGGCAGCCUGGAGGCCGCCGUAUCGCGGGUACGUGCCCCUCUCCUAUCUGGAGGCGGGUGUAGAAGUCCGACAGCGGAAGCCAGACUGCUGUCCUGUCGGCGAGUGCCUACCAUUCAGCAUUGGCUCCGCCCGAGUCCCACCUUCCUCAGACUCUGACUGGCUGACAGAUGGCAAGCGCGAAAAGCCCGGACCGUUGGAAAGCCCGGCUGCUUGAGGGCGGAAGUGCUGCGUUGACGUACGCCUUAGUAAGGGCGGAAGUGAGUUUCCCAGCGGAAGUGGCUCCUGUAAGGCUGCAAGGCGGCGUGGCCAGCGUCGGAGCAGGGGUUGUGUUCCCGCUGGGCUGCCGUCCCAGCUGGACUACCGGCAUGGAACUCAGCGCCGAAUACCUCCGGGAGAAGCUGCAGCGGGACCUGGAGGCGGAGCAUGUGGAGGUGGAGGACACGACCCUCAACCGUUGCGCCUGUAGCUUCCGAGUCCUGGUGGUGUCGGCCAAGUUCGAGGGGAAACCGCUGCUUCAGAGACACAGGCUGGUAAACGCGUGCCUAGCAGAAGAACUCCCGCACAUCCAUGCCUUUGAACAGAAAACCCUGACCCCAGAGCAGUGGGCACGUGAGCGACAGAAAUGAGGGACUGGGAUCUGCACAGCCAUUAAAUUAUAAAUCUGGACCA